UGACGCUCCGCGGUCGCCGGGGCCGCCGGCGCGGAGUCGCAGGGAGAUCCCGGCCGGGUUUAUUUCUGACUAGACAGCUGCCAACAGCAUGCCCAGAAUGUAGAUAAACAUGAGCUCUGGCUUGCAGACAUUAGGAAAUCAAAUUAGACAUGAUACACCCAGUGGGGUAAUGUGUUACAUGUACACCUUCUAUCUUCUCUGCAGUUCACUGUACUUGAAAUAUUCAAUGAACUUCUUGUCCUGUGGUUUGGUUUUUGAAGACCUCAGUGAUAGGACUUAAUUCUUUCUGAUCUGAAGAUUCUAAAAAUGGAAUGGGGAGGAGAGUGUUCUUUUGAUUCUUCCAAUUUAGACUGUUUGUUAAAUGUCCUUCCUGGAGAAUUGGAAUUUCAACAAAUCCUUAGUGAUCUUGAUGAAAAAAUGAAGAAGAACUCUUCCAGAAUAGAAAAGUGUCUUAAGGACCUGCAAUCAGACGUAAAUGAAAUAUGUACUGAUGAAGUACUACAAAGCACAACUGACUGCAUUCAGUGGCUAAACAACUGCAAUUUUAGUUCUCUCAGACCUUCUUCUACUGACCAUGGAGAGCUGCUGGAGUUCCUUAAGACCCUGCAAAGCUUGCUGAAGAAUGAGAAAAAUCAAGAAGAAAUGGUACUUCAGUUCCUUCUGGAUCUCUCUAGUCAGUGUGGUGUCUCAUUUCCAUGUACUGCAAGCGGGACAUCUUUUGAGUUAACAUCUUCCCUUCAUACCGUUCAGGAUGAUUCAGCUGUGGAUGUAAAAUCUCUUUGGGAUGAUGUGAGAUUGCAUCUUCGACAAUUUUUAGUAAAUGGACUACAAAGUCAAGAAGAAACAAACAGGAAUGCUUUACAACAAAUGGAGUUUAAAACUCAGUGUGUACAGCAGCUUUUGUUUCUUUAUCCCCAAUCGGAAGUCUUAAUGAAGUAUCAAAAUAUGCAGAAUAAACUGGUUAGUGAUCUUCUACAGAACUGUAUUUUGUCUAGUUCUGGUGAAACAAAUUUUGAUAAGGUGGUUAAUGGUUACCAAAGUUCUAUACCCAGAUUGUGCACAAUGAUAAAAGAGGAUUUGUAUAUAUUAAGUGGAACUAUUGGUCCAUCUUCGUCAUUAAAGUUUAUUAAUGAAACUUACCUGGAUACCAUCACUGAAGAAAUGACAGUUCUUCUUGAAAGACUUUGUGAGCUGCAGUUCAAAGAAAAUGCUCUACACAUAGUUAAAGCAAACAAGAUUUCAAAGAAGCAUAGAGGAACAGUUCACACUGUGGCCUCCCAGGAAUACCACAGGAAAGGACGGAACUUCUGCUUAACCUUGUAUCAGCUCAAAUGUCUUUCUCAACUUAUCAAACUCUUUUUAUUAAUGGAGGAAAAAAUUGAGGAGCUCUCCACGGAAAUUCUGUUGCUGCCUUCAUUUACAGAGAGGAAUAAGAAUGUUCAAGGAGUUCUGAAGAGAGCUAGUGGGGAGCUUUUAAUAGGAGAAACUAGAGCAAAUGAAACCAGCGUGCUUCCUGAACAGUUACUUCAGGUAGAAGAGCCUAUUUUACUGAGUUUUGGCUGGAGAAAUGCAUUUAAAGACCUGUCUUCUUCUGUGGCUCACUGUGUAACAAUAGCAAUUGAGGAUUUUUCAUCUAAAAUUCUUCAACAUGAGCAGAAAGAAGAAUGUUCAGCUGCAGGCUUUGCAAUGAAUCUUGUAAACAACCAGCAAAUGAGGGAGUCCUGCAGAGCAGUCCAACAGGAGGAGCAACCAAAACGAAUUGCUAAGUUUUGUUCUGACAUCAUGGAAGAACUCGACACAUUGCUUCCAUUGGCUCUGGCUUGCAGAGAUGAUUCUCUUCAGGAAAUCAGAGCAAACUUUGUAGAGGCCUGCAGCAAAGUGGCAACAGCUGUUUUGGCAAGACUAGAGGAGAAAAGCAAAGAUGUUCCCUUGAAGGCUCCCCUGCAAGACCUGUAUGCUGCCCUUUCCACAGCGAUAUAUGUGUUUCAGCAUUUUACAAUGUAUAGCAAUUUAAUGAGAGAAACAAGCAAAAAACCCCUGUUCCUAGUGCCUGUCCAAAAAUGUCAGGAAUUCAUCAACAUUCUCCAAUUUCAAGUUACGAACUACUGCAUCAGAGUUUGUGCUACAAGUAUUUUACAGGAUGCUGAGAGCCACUACUGGGAUGACUACAAAGCUUUUUACGAGGGGGAAAGAUGCUCAUUCUCUGUCCAGAUGUGGCAUUACUUCUGCUGUGCUCUUCACCAUGAUCUAUGGACUAUUCUACCUCCUAAGACAGCCCAGGAGAUUCUUACAGAUGUGCUAGAGCGAUCUUUGGAUAUUCUGUCAUCCAGAUAUUGUCAGGUGUGUCCCAGUUACAAAAGAACACCACAAAUCAGAAUUGAUAUUGCAGCAAUUUUGAUGUCCACUGAAGAUAUGCUCUGGUCAAUUUGUGGUUCUGUGCAGGAGUUUCUGAAUCCACACAAAGACAGAGAUCUCAAGAUCUGUAAAAUACAUAGCCACUGCAAUAGUCUGAUCUCUGUGCUGGCUAUUUUAACUUCACCACUGAAGAAUUUGUAUGAGACAUUUCUGGAUAAUUCUGAUGAACAUCUUCCUCAAGAUUUUUCAGAAGUCUUUUAUCAUCCAUUACACUGGUUAUUUUGCAUACCAUCAUCCUGUUUUUUCUUUCUGAAGACUCCCUCAACCAGAGAAAUGGCAGCCCAAGGUCUGCUGAAGCUGCUCUUAUCCCAGCCAUACUGUAAUUUGAGCUUGCUUUUGGAAACAUUGCUACACCAUGAUUGUCUCUUAGUGAAAAUUUUGCUGAGAAGCUCAAGAAAUGAAGCAUUAAAUUGUGAUGAACAAAGUUCUCUCUUGGAACAGGAAAAUAACAAAGAGUCUACUCUGAUUGAAACAAUCUUCACAGUAUUGUCUUACUGCACUUUAUCACCCAAAUCUCUUGGCAUUGCUUUUGAGUCCUACAUGGAAAAAGAGCUCCUGUGGAACUGCUUAUACAAUAUGACAGUUUCCAGUUGUGGUGAGUCGGAGCCAGAAGUUAUCAGAUGCUUGAAGUUGACUUUGAUUAAUUCAGUCAAGGGUAUAGUGAAACAGAUAAUUUCUUUGAUGCAUUCAUGGGAGGCAACAGAAAACUAUGGAACAUACCAGCACAAGCAAAUAGUUCCCGAAAGUUUACUGAAAACUGUUCCAAAGGAAUGGAAUUACACGCCUCGGGAAAUGAAGAGAAAAGAAUCUGGGAAAUGCUUCACAAGGCUUGCAGCUCAAGCAGUAUCUAUUGUAAUCAGCAAGUUACCUACAGUGAUUGCAUGUUUGCCUCCCCCAAUUAAAUACUUCUUUUUUCUGGCUGAGAGAAAAAUGUCAAGAAACUUUGCUGAAUUGAAGAAAGCUGGUCUGCUUGUCUGGAACUUGAUUGUAAUUAUAGGUCGGAUAUUUGAGGAUGGAAAUACUGCAGAAUUUUUAACAGGUGCAUCACUUGAUAGAUGGAGCAAAGAAAAACUCAGUUUAGUUCGUGUGUGCUUAGAAAGUAUUAUGGGAAAACAGAGAAGUGGUCCUAAGCAAGUGACCCAGAAGAUUAUACAAAACAUUGAACAGCAAAGACCAAACUGGAUUGAAAGCCAGUUGCUGAAGGCAAGAAAAUUGAGCAUAGACUGUGCUUCAAUCACAGUUAAAGGUGCAACAUUAGAGGAAGGAGAUAUUGCACUUGGAUUCACUGAGCAUGAUAUAAACAUGAUGGUCCUGGAUAUCUGCCACAAACCAGGUGGUAUCGAGUACCUGAGGCAAAUUUAUCACAUCAUCCGGCUCAAUGAGGAAUAUUUGAAAGAGCAGCUGUCCUGUGAGAAUGCUUCUGAAGAUGGUGUUACCUCAAGUCAAUGCCCACCUUUGACACUGAAGGGCAGAGAAGAGCAGCCUGUCUUCAACCCUGUCGAGGUGUACAGACAAUCUUGUGCAAAAGUAUUCAAUCAGUCAGCCAUUACUGAAUGGAACUGGGAUUGGUCCAGAUUGCUGCCAGGUUAUUUGGGACUGAAUCAGACGGCCUUCAGGGUGCUGCUGACACACAGGUGGGAGAUGAAAGAAGACGCAGAUCUUGAAGAUGAGGAGGACAUUAUGGUGGAACACUUAAAAAAUGUUUAUUUGACACAAAGGACUCCUAUCUCAGAGAAUAAAGAAGAACAAUUACCUUGACAGAUUUUGGGUAGCGCCUUUCUUCUGGACUCAACAAGAUUAAUUUAAUGUAACUCAUGGGACUAGAAAGCUCAAAAAUAUGUAUCUUGAGUGGGAGUUCUAAACUAAAGAGUGUUCCCCUUUUAUUGUCUGGUCACCCUGUCCCAGAAGCAAUUGUUCACACAUGCAUAAGGUGAGGGAUGGUACAGGAAAAUGUCAGUGUCACAAAACAAGGAGGUUGCAUCUCAGUACUGCAGAGGCAUAAACUAGAAUGAAAAACUAAGAAUUGUUUCAAAAAUAUAAAACUCAUUCUGAAAUAAUGAAGUUUUAGAUACAGGCUAAGCAAAUGCUUCUGGGUUCCAUCCACCAACUUUGGAGCUGGAGUCAGCCUGCCUCCAGUUCAUAUCACUCAAGGACCUUUUCUCUCCUUUGGUGCUUGUUUAUUAAACCACCCAAAAUACAAAAGAAGGGAGAGGUAUAGACCACACACCUACAGUACUUUAUGAGUUGUUCCAGGAUUGGUAUGCUUGGCCAUUAUUUCCAAUCAAAAAUGCAUCAGCAUUACUGCCCCCACAAAUCCUUACUUAACAUCCAG